GCACGAGCCGCGGUCGCUGCGGCAGGAGGCGGGGGCUGUGGGGCGCGGAACCGGAGCUGCCUGCCCGGGACGGGCUGCGGGGCCUGACGCUCUGCGCUGCUCGGGCGCUGCAGGGAGUUUUGGCAGAGGUGCGAGCUGUUCUCUAACGUAGCUGCGGAGUAGAGACAGACAGACACCAUGGCAGAAAAGGUGAACAAUUUUCCUCCACUCCCAAGAUUCAUCCCCUUGAAGCCAUGUUUCUACCAGGAUUUUGAUGAUGACAUUCCACCACAGCAUCGCACCUUGGCCAAGCGCCUUUACUACCUCUGGAUGUUGAACAGCAUCACCUUGGCAGUGAAUCUGAUUGGCUGCCUCGCAUGGCUGAUUGGAGGCGGUGGAGCUGUUAAUUUUGGACUGGCAAUUCUCUGGCUCCUUCUCUUUACACCCUGCUCCUAUGUCUGCUGGUUUAGACCUAUUUACAAAGCCUUCAAGACAGACAGUUCUUUCAGCUUCAUGGCUUUCUUCUUCACCUUCAUGGCCCAGCUGGUGAUCAGCAUUAUCCAGGCGGUGGGGAUCCCUGGCUGGGGAGUCUGUGGCUGGAUUGCAGCAAUAUCCUUCUUUGGGACCAACGUAGGUGCAGCUGUGGUGAUGCUUAUCCCCACCAUCAUGUUUACAGUCGUGGCAGUCUUCUCCUUCAUUGCCCUCAGUAUGGUGCAUAAAUUUUACCGGGGCAGCGGAGGGAGUUUCAGCAAAGCGCAAGAAGAGUGGACCACGGGAGCUUGGAAGAACCCGCAUGUACAACAGGCAGCGCACAACGCGGCAGUCGGUGCUGCUCAAGGGGCCACGAUGCAGCAUGAAACACAGUAUUCUGCCACCCCUAACUACACCUAUUCCAAUGAGAUGUGAGCAGAAGACUCUGUCCUGAGGUUGGGGGGGGGGAGGAAAGGGAGAAUACUGCUGAGCCAAGUCUGUGUAAGCAUUUCAACAAGGGAAGUGUAAGAUACUUGAUUUUUCCCUCUACUCUAGAACAGGGUAUUUUUUGUUUGUUUUUUUUCUGAUUCUCUUUUCUCAUUUUGAAGAAGCUGUGAGUUGACCUGCAGGACACUUGUGCUGUGCAGUAGUAACUGUGUGCUUGUGUUCCCCCGUGAAGUAGUGUACGGUGGUGAUUUUUAAAUUACUGUGGUGAUAGGUGUAUGUUUAUAACAUCAGCAAAAAAAAACCCCAACAAGCUCACUAAAAUGUCAAGAGCAAAACUGGAGAUCCCUGACAAAUUGGGAGUUCCAGUGGCUAAUACUUCCAGUUGCUAAUGUGUGGUUAGUAGUGGCUGCCUCUAGCGAGGACUGGUACCAGUUUAUCCAAUCCCGGGAAUUCUCCUUUUUCUUGUAGCAGGUUACUAGCUGAUUUAGUACUUAAAUUCUCUGAAGCCAGUCCAUAUCCUCCCUCCUAGGUUCAGAGACAACAGGUUCUCCUAACACAUGGUGUUGUAAUUUAUUCUUCGAUGUAUUGUGAGGAAGACAGUAUUGGUGUGUAACUGUAGAGCAAGGGCUUCAAGGCAGUGUUGGGAAUUUGCCCUGUUGAAUUGUAGCAGACCUUCCCAUUAGUAUGAAACUUUGGUACAUUCCAGAAGCUCCGGACUGAGUUCCAUGCUCUGAGCCAUAUAUUUUUAAGGUGUUCAGGUGGGGAAAAGUGAUGGUAAAAUUGGUGCAGUGUUUUUCAACAGAUCUACUCUUGGGCAUAGUAAGGGCCAAAUCUUGUUACUAGACACAUUGCUUCAGUGGUAUUGCUUAUGUAUAGGGUGACCAGAUGUCCCAAUUUUUAUAGGGAUAGUCCCGAUUUUUGGGUCGUCUUCUUAUAUAGGCUCCUAUUACCCCCCCCCCCCCCCGUCCCUUUUAUUCACAUUUGCUGUCUGGUCACCCUACUUAUGUAAGUGGUGUGAACAGAAUUUGGCCCUACAAAUUAUCAUCUGCUGGUUUUAGGCUCCUUUGAAAACCAGAGCCUAAGGGAGUGAAGUGCCCAACUUCCCUUGAAAUUCAGUGGGCUCAGGCUUGCUUGCAGAUCCCAACCUUAAUGUCCAAGAAGUGUUUACUCCUGUUGGCCCUGAAAACCCCAUACAGCUAGGGGAGAGCGAGUUGGAUUCAGACGUCAUGCACGUUGUCAGUGCAGUGGUCAACUAAACUUGCACUGCCACAUUUGCUGAUACAAAAUGCAGAAGAAAACAACAACUUCAAUUUCAGAUCCUGGCUGGAAUUUACAGCCCUGGCAGUUAAAAGAAAAUGGAUGUUACUGGGAAGGAAUAGGGGUGAAAUAUGCUUAUUUUUAGAGAGAGACAUUUUAGACUUUGAAUGCACUUUAAGUAGGGAGGCCAAAUUUUCUCCAAACCAUAAUCAGAAAUUAGUUCAAAUUUAAUCUAAUCUGGCCCCUUUGAUUAAGUAUCUCCUUUCUUCCCUGAUCAAUAUUCCCCGAAGUCUUAAACCUGUAGCAGGCAAAUGGUGGUCCUGUAAUUUAGUAACCCAACAUUCCACAGCUUAUUAGUUUUCUAGUUGCGCUGCUUUUCAGUCCAUCAAAACCCCAUCUCUUAGCUGCCUAAUAAUGUCUGUAUAUGAAAUAUAUAUGCAAGAAUUAUGCCAAUAUGAAUGAUUUUUUUCCAGCAAAGCCAACCAAGAAUAAAGAAGUUUCCUUUUUAAGGAUGCAACUUAAGUAAUUCUGCAGCAGCCAGUUGUCUUUUGACAAGGCUGUGAAAUAAAGGUAUGAUAACAAUGUAUAUAUCUUAUGGAGGAAGGGAAGCCUUCACUGAGCCUAUUAUAUACUUAAUCAGAUUUUAAAUAUUGUGCAAUUAAUUAUAGCUAGUCUAAAAUGUAUUCUACUAAACCUUGUGGUCUGUUAGUCCCCUGGUUGAGAAUGUACAAAUUAACAGUGAUUAGUUUCACCUUCUGUAUUUAUCGUAAGAAAGACAAGCUAUUAAAACAAGCAGUAACACAAACAUA